GAUGUCCCACAGCAUCUCAUUUGUUGCUGUUCACAGAGGAGAUCUGUUCUCCUCGCCGCAGAGGAGCUCCCAGGCCUCCUCGCUGGGAUGCAACAGCCUCCCCAACAGCCAAUCAGAACCUUCACAACAGGACGUUUUGGCAGCAUCGCAGGAGACCCGUAAAGCUCCUGCAGAGCGCUCUGCAAACAGGCUAGGGCCGCAUCAAGCUGCAGAGCCCCCCACCCCCAACAGGACAGAGGCCCGGCAGAGGGCCCCCUCCGACAGCACUGUCACCUCCAGUCCGUCCAACAAGAUCCGUCAGAGGACAGUCUCCCAGCAGACCACCGAGGCUCCGGGGCUGCGCUCCCCAGCCAACAGGGGUGAGCCGGAGUCUCCGUCCUUUAGAAUAACCACAGCCCCCGCACACCGCAGACAUAUGCGCACCAUCCAGGAAGUGCGGACCACCGUCACACGCAUCAUCACAGACGUGUAUUACGAGGACGGCAAAGAGGUGGACCGCAAAGUCACAGAGGAGAGCGAGGAGCCAGUGGUGGACUGCCAGGUGUUGGACGGCGAUAUUUCCCCGUGUCGCACUGGCGGCAGCUCCAUGACCUCCGGUGACCUCGGGGACAUCAGCUCUCUGUCGUCUAAAGCCUGCAGCCUGCAGCACAGCUCCGGAGGAACCAGCAGCAGCGGAUUCGCCAGGCCCGACUUCCUCAUGCCACCCAGCCGAGGGGCCACGUCCUUCAGUCCCAGGAGGGGAGGCGGUCAUCAACAGAGGGGUCACAGGGGUCAAAGGGCAGGGUCAGGGGUCACAAUGAACAGAGGCCUCGCCCCACCGUUCCCCAGAGGAAGGGCUAGAAGGGGCCGGCCCCCGUCCCGUGCCUCAAUGUCCAGGGGGGGUGCUGUCGGCUCCCCGCAGAGGCUCGGGGCUCACGGCCAGGCUCAUUCCUCCUCAGAGGAGGAGCCCUACACCCGCAUGCUCCCCCCGCGCCUCCCCGCUAGCCCCGCAGACCCAGAGCUCCACAGCCGCUCCGACUCCCUCAGGUCGUCCCCGGAGGAGGCCCACUCGGCAGGGAGCAGCUUUGUGGGGCUGCGGGUGGUGGCCAAGUGGUCUUCCAACGGAUACUUCUACUCAGGCCUCAUCAUCAAAGACUCUGGAGAGGGCAGCUUCCGCCUGCGCUUCGACGACGGCUACGAGUGUGAGGUGGCAGGCAGGGACAUCCUGCUGUGUGACCCCAUCCCCCUGGAGACGGAGGUCACCGCCCUGCUGGAGGACGAGUACUUCAGCAUAGGCAUUGUGCGGGGCCAUAAGACCGAGGGGCCCGAUCUGUUCUACAGCGUGGAGAAGGACGGUCAGAGGCAGUGGCACAACAGGACCUCCGUCAUCCUGUCUCUGGAGCAGGGCAACAAGCUGAGGGAGCAGCACAGCCUGGGGCCCUACGAGCCUUCCACCCCGCUGACCAAGGCCUCCGACAUCAGCCUGGAUAACCUGGUGGAGGGGAAGAGGCGGCGCAGAGCGGGCUCCGAGGACCACAGCACCCCCAACCGCAGCCCCCGCACCCCCGGCCCCUCUGGGAAGAGGAAACUGAUGACCUCCGAGGGCAUCAGGUCGGCGGCUAAGAGGGGCCGCAGGGGUGCCGGGGCCAGAGCCGGUACGGGGGCCCAUUUCACCACAACCAUAGACUGAACAGA